UAGUUAUUUCAUAACUUUCUUGAUCAUUUCAAAUCAUAAUCGGAUCGGCGAUAACAGCGAUGACUCAGACAUUUUGCGAAAACAGCAAAAAUUAGUUGUAAAAGUGACGUCUUUGUGUAAAAAACCUCAAAAAAAUUGUAAAAAAUGACAGAAAAAAAUUGUGUAUCACUCUUGCAAGAGUUUUGUGCCCGAAAUAAGCACCAACCGCCAUCGUACAAAGAGCUCCCGAUCGAACGAUGUCCCGGAAAUACGACAAAAUUCACGUUUAAAGUCCAGAUUUGCAUUUCCGGAGAGAGUUUUGAAGCAACAGGAUUUGGCUUGACAAAAAAGAUUGCGAAACAAAAUGCAGCUACUUCGUUGUGUGAACAGCUUGGAUUAUGUGCAAAUAAUGACGAAUCUGGCAUUUUUGAGGGUUCUCUGUGUUCUUCCUUCGGCGAUUUGAGUCUCGUUACACCCGAAAAGACGCCGGUUUCAGUUUUAAACGAGUUUUGUGCCAAAAAUAAAGUAAUCGCUCCUUACUAUGAAGAGUCCGAAGGUCAUGGAUCGCCUCGAAAGUUCAAUUGUAAAGCUGUUUUACGCUUCCAGGGACAAGAAAAAGCAGCUUCCGGUACGGGAUCCAACAAAAAACUCGCAAAACAGGACGCAGCUCGUUCGUUACUCGACGUUCUCGGCAUAAAAUUCGACUGGAACGAAGAAAUUGAGCAAGAUAUGGUGUCACUUUUGCAACUUUUGUGCGCAAAUCGAGGAUAUUUCACGCCCAGCUACGAAGAUGUCGAUCAAACGGGUCCCUCUCACUGCCCCGAAUUCACGAUGCGAUGCAAAAUUGGUCCUUUAGAGCAAAAGGCAAAAGCUCUCUCCAAAAAACUCGCGAAACAAAAAGUCGCCAAGGAAAUGCUCAAACUGAUCGACGAGUCUCCGGAAAGCAUUCAAGCGAGUCUUGUGAUGAAAAAAGUCGAACACUUUAUUGCCGAAGAGAAAAUCGAUAAUGCGGAUGUCGAUCGAACUUAUCGUCGUUAUCGAGAUUCUUCGAACAAAGAUGUCGACGGGAGCCAAUUGGGAGAUCGUCAUGAAUUUUUUGUGAAACGUUUGGAUGCAAUUCGUCUCAAUAAUGCGCGUCGCGAAUUUAUUUCGUUCAAAAAACACAGGACUUUGCAGGAAAAAGUCGAGAAAACUUUGGAAGCCGCAGGUCUGGCAUAUAAAGUAAACCGAAUUCAGAGCUUGGGCGAGCCAAUGUUUGAAUUUGAAAUUAAAAAUAUCAAGAAGGAUUGUUAUUUGAUUGCGUUCAAGGACGAAUUGUGGUUCCAAAUUACUGAUUAUUUAAUUGUGAUGUUGAGUAUUCCAAUAACUCUUAAAGAGACCGUCGAAACUUUGUUGUAAUUUUUUUAGUGAUCAAGUCUUUAUGUGAUAAAUGAUCGAAUUUUUUAGAAAAAUCAAAUUUUUUAAAGAAAAAAUCAAAGCCUUCUUUAUGAAAAUAAUUUUUAAUAGAUUCAACGAAAUUUUUAAAACUCAAAGCCUUCUAAAUGUUCAAAAAAUAAAAUAAUUUUAAAUUAUUUUGAUA